GGAAAACGCAACAACAAACUGCCUCAGAAGUAGCAAACUCGCUGUACUCUUUGACAGGAUGACAAUGUUUCUAGUUGUAUAAAACCAACUGGAUCGUUUCAUACAAACUAUCUGCCUGGACGGAGUUGUGGAUGAAGAAAAGAAUGACAUAGAAGUAAACACCUAAAGGUUUUUUUGUUUUUUUUACUUUUUUGGAAGCGGCUCUGCGCACUUGUUUCCUGGUAAAUACUCAGCUUCAAAUACUGUGAGAUAAUGUGAAAGGAGCGCUUCACGACGCGGAACAGGAGGCCAGCCACCCACCGGACUCUUCUGUGUUUAUGCGUGUUCGCUACAUGAGCCUGUCGGCGGGAUGUCGCUGAGUUCCGGCGGAUGGGCUCACAGCCCCGGCCUCACACCGGAGCAGUCGACCGCCCUCACCGGGAGUUAUGAAGCCUCCCAGCCGGGCUGUCAAACCGUCCUCAUGUCGGUUCGGGUCUCGGUGUGCCACUCCGGGGUUCGUCCGCUGUGCCUUCCGGGAGCAGGUGAUGAGUCACUCCGCCUGCAGCUGAGCAUGGACCCGGGGAAAUCCGGGGAAUUCCGGCUGGCGAUCCAGAGCCCCGGCAGGACGGGCCAGAGUGCGACCAUUGCCGAGUUUGACCUGAGGUCCAUCAAUUACGAAGUGAAGUCACCAAAGUGCCACGAGCUGAUUUCUGUGGCGCCGCCAUGUGACCGCAUCAGCUUCAACUUCAGCAGCGAGACGGAGGCUGAGGGGUGGGCCACCGUGGUCAUGUCCUCGCUGAGAGAAGCACAUCGUGCCACACCCCAGGAGAAUGGUCUGCAGCACCUCUUUGAUGGUCUCCAUCUUCAGAACACCUCUGCUCUACAACAAACAGAGGAUGCUUGCAUAGAGCUGAAAAAGGCCAUAGAGGCGGGGGAUAUGCAGAGUGCGUCUGUUUUUGCUGCCUCUCUCGCCCGUAGACAGGCAGCCGUCAAGAUCCAGCCCUCCACCAAAACAUAUGAAGACACUGAAAUCAAUUUGGCUGCUAUUGUUGAGGAUUCUUCCUCAUCCUGUUGCAUCACUGUGAAAGUUUUCCCUCACAUGACUACUGCGUCAUUAAAACAGCAGAUGUUUCUCGAUUAUGGCUUCCACCCUCGCGUGCAGCGCUGGAUUAUUGGCCAGUGUUUGUGUGCUGACCUCAGGUCUCUGGCGUCCUACGGCAUCCGUCAGGACGGUGACACAGCCUUCCUGUACCUGUUGUCAGCCCGCCACUCUCGCCUGACCCCUCAAGUCCUGCAGCAGGACCAGGAGAGUGCACUCCUUCUCAGCCCUCCCCUGUCUUUUCAAAACCCCUCCCUCCCCGCCGCCUGCACAAACGGCCCCUCCUCUCAGGACUGGAGGCCAUAUACCACUCUACCUCCAAGGCUCCACAAAAGCAACAAGAAUGGUGGUUCAGGAAGACAAAGCAUUGGUGAAAUCAGAGAUCUCAUCAACUUUGAAAUGCCUCAACUUAAUAAGGCUCUGAGCUCCCAGACCUCUUCUACCCAGGGUUGGUCAUGUCCAUCUUGCACAUACAUCAACAAACCGACGCGGCCGGGCUGUGAGAUCUGCAGCACCAACCGUCCAGAGAGCUACAUCAUCCCUGGAGGACACCAGCCGGACCCCCUGGAGCUCAGAAGGAUCCAGCAGGAGAAGGAGGCCAUCCGACAAUACCAGCAGGCAAAGGAGCAGGAGAGAAGAGAGAACUUUGAGCGCCUGGUGAAGAUGGAUGGCCAGGACCUGGUUCCAAAUCCUGAACUGGUGGAUUGUAAGAUUUGCUUUGUUGACCUAAAGUCAGGAGAAGGUGUCCUUCUGAGAGAGUGUCUGCACUGUUUCUGCAAAGAGUGCUUGCGCUCCGUCAUCAUGCUGUGUGAGGAGCCCGAGGUGUCCUGUCCAUACAGAGAUGAUGCAUACGCCUGUCCUUGGGCCCUGCAGGAGAGGGAGAUUAGAGCUCUGGUUUCUCCAGAGGAAUAUGAACGCUGGCUGCAGAGGAGCCUUUCCGUAGCAGAGUCGAGGUGCGAGGGCAGCUAUCACUGUGCAACUCCGGAUUGUCCAGGAUGGUGUGUGUAUGAGGAUACUGUCAACGUCUACCACUGCCCGGUCUGCAAGAAACACAACUGCCUCAUCUGCAAGGCCAUCCAUGAAGGAAUGAACUGCAAACAAUACCAAGACGACCUCGCAGCCCGUGCCAUAAAUGACUCUGCAGCUAGAAGGACGACGCAUCUACUAAAGACUCUUGUGCAGUCAGGGGAGGCCAUGCACUGUCCUCAAUGUGGCAUCAUUGUGCAGAAGAGGGAUGGAUGCGACUGGCUGCGCUGCACUGUCUGUCACACUGAGAUCUGCUGGGUAACCAGAGGGCCUCGCUGGGGACCCAAGGGUCCUGGAGACACCAGUGGGGGAUGUCGCUGCAAUGUCAACAAUCAGAAAUGUCAUCCUAAAUGCCAAAACUGUCACUGAGACUCAAAGCGGGGAUUCUUGGAUAGCUCUGGAUAUAAACCAGUCUUACAACACAGAAAUGACAGGUUGAAGAAUAAUCUGAGUCAUAUUUAAACCAAAUGUAUGCUGGAUAACUUGUAAAGCACCUAAAUGGAUUUUUAUUUUCACCUAACAGAUCUCUAACCAGCAGGUUGCUUCUGCCUUACCUUAAAGUAUGUCUGUGGGUGUGGUUCAGUGCAGCACAAAGACUUAUCUUUGGAUGCUAUUAGUGCCUUUUUUUUACAGCGUCUGGUAUGCAGGCUUGGCUGAAAAGAGGCCUUUCGGGGCUUUAUUAAGAUAACUUCAGGCUGAGUUUUAGAUCUACAAACCUGGAGCUUCUUUUGUCCUUGUCUGUCACCAUGGUAACAUAUGGAGGAAAGAUCUUACAGCUCAGGCCAGCGACCUGCAAACUUGAAAUGCAGGCUGUUGAUUGGCUGCUUCUAAGGGUGACUUUCACUAAGAAGCAUUUCCAAACGAUGGGUCAUCAAUGCUGAUGCUGAUGCAGCUCUAAACUCAUUACUCUGAAGUUUCAUGGCAGCUUGGAACUCAUUAUUCGGUGAAUUUCUGGAUGCAGCCGUGCCUUAAUUCCAGCAAGUAUUUUUUUUUUAGUUUUUCUUUCUCUUUAUCCUCUAAUUUCAAACUCCAAUUUUGCAUGAAUACAAUACAAGUCAGAAAAUUUAAGUUUACUUAAGGAGUUAAUUGUACCAAUUCGUACAAUUUCAAGAAAUUCUGCAUACGAUGAAUUGCUCUAUAGAACAGGCCUAAAGUGUGUUUAAUUUUGAUUUAGAUGUUACACUCUGGGAUGAUUUGCAUAAAACUGAAGUGACCUUAUUCUUCCACAGCAGGGUGUCACCAAACAACGGUUUUCAGAAAAUGUGACUGAAAUAUUUGUUUUUUUGUUUUGUGGAUGCGUAGUUUUUUUUUGUUUUUUUUUUGCAUUAAGAUUGUGAAGUGUUACAAACCAGUUGUCAGUAUGUUUGUGUGUGUCUGUGUGGAAUACCGACUGAAUUGUUUGUGGUAUGUAGGCUGAUGGAUUUCAUGUCUGCUCACACUGAUCAUGCAGCUCUGCUGGUUUGAAUCAGAUCCUGUGAGGAAGCAAUGAUCAGUGUCAAAUGAUAUUAGUAAUUUAUUAUAUUCAAUAAGAGAAAGUACAUCUAGACACCUUUUAUUGAUAAGCUAAUAUUCCUUAUAGAUAACUUCUAUGUAGUAGAGCACAGAUGUUUUAGGUCAUUUUACAGCUUUUUAAAGUUGUGCAUCUUUGGACAUUUCUGUCAUUCAUUUCUAAAUCGUAUUCUCAUACAUGACUGCACUGCCUGUUGACUCUACUACACUACUGUCCAGAACUGACUAGCCACGCUGUUACCUGUCAGCGCUCUGUUGCUGAUGUAUGUUUGUGCCUUAAUCAUGAAUAAAAAUGUUUUU